AAUAGUUCUCGUGUUUUCGAGUCCUAGUUGAGAUUUUUUUACGCAUACGCAAUCUAGUACUAAAGCAAGGAGAAGAUGGCGACCUACCAGAUCUUGGCCUGCCAUGCAGGGGACCAGUCUAAAGAGAGCAUUCUCAGUGUCCUCAAGAGUCGAGUAACGAACACUUGCGAUGAGGUAAUCUAUAAUAUUCUCAUGUCGUGCUCGUGCAAUGCUUUAAAGAGAGCAUUUCAUUCUAUCUCUUAUUGAGAAGAAUCACUUUCACUACAAGAACACUCACCUCCAGCACCUCCACAGGUCUGCAAAUUCGACGUCCCUGAGACAUUGAAGUUCGGCUCUUUCGACUCCUUAGUCCGACUUAUGGAUGACUUGGCGAAGUAUGACUCGCAGGUAGAGGGUGUAUUGCGACGUGUCGAACGACAGAUGACGGAAUUUUAUGGCUGCCACCUGUAGAGUAAUCCAUGAUCUAGGGUGCUGGAACAAGAAACUGAAGGAUGGAUCAUUGUUAGCAUUAGACGUAGCUCUAAAGAGCGGAUGCCAAUGCGGAUUUCAAAGUCCUUUUCCGCCAGAAGACCAUGUCAGUGGAGAGCUACGUCCGCACCUUCCAAUGGGACGACACCAAGUGGCCCAGGAACAGGAAUGUAUUUUUGUCGCUAGUGACACAGAAUACUAGUGACCAUCAACAUCAAGUUAAGUACAAGCAAGACUAGACAGAACAUCUUCAAACAUCAUCAAGAAUGAUGCGGAUGUCUUUGUUAUUCAGAUGAAGAAGUGACAGGAUUUUUUUGAAUUGCUUUUUCAGGUCGCCGACAAUCUCACGUCUCUAUGCACGACAGUGACACGAAUUGACGACGACGUGAAGAACAAAGCUUAUGCUUUCUCCGAUGUGAAAUCGGUACUGAACAAUUUUUUUUUUGCGCUGGUAGGUACAAAGUCAAUGAAUUAGGGGUAGGUUAAAGGUGCUUUUGUUACCGUUUGUUACGGCUCUUCUAAAGGGGAAAGCCAUAACAAGCGGGAUAAACGAACACCAAAAACCUACCUGUAAACGAAUCAAAAAAAUAUAGUUGAUCAUUGAUUCAAUCAUGGCUAUGCCAGGCACUUCUAGAGAUGUAACUACAACUGAAUGACAAAAGCAACAAAUCAUCGUUGUAAUCUUCCUCCCAUCGCAGCAAGAGCAUCAUCCUCCGUUCUACCAAAAACAUGUAACAGAGUAUCGCGAAUAUCAACAAGCUGAAGGGACCGGGAACAACAUUUCAGAACGCAGACUUGACGGAUAUCUUUUAUGAUCAGAAUGGACGACAAUUUUGUUUUCAUGAUCCUGUCACUACUUCUGUUAACUAUAAUGCGCUAGUACUAGAGAGUGAGGAUGAAUCUACCAUCAACAUUGCUUUAAAGUGGGGUAUAUAGACAUAGAGAUGAAUCAAGUUCAAUGUCACGAUACGCAUCAAAAAACCCUCUCCACCUCCAAACCCUCUACCACCACCACCACUGCCCAUCCCGAUCCGCCUCCCUUUCUUCAUACCCCGACCCCAGAAGUCGUAGCUGCAGAUGACUUCAUCACGAAGGAGCAUCUCUAUACCUUGCUAGUCAUCGUGCCAAGAGGUGGCGACGCAGAUUUCCUCGGUUCCUACGAAAAAGUGGACCCCUUCGUUGUCCCACGAUCGGCUAAGAAAUUCCAGAAAUUCACCAACGGAAGAAUGGAUGACGUGACGGACAAGGUAUUAAUAUUUCUUAAUAUCCUUCACGUUCAGCUUCAGGGUGCCUGUGGGGCUCGUUGUGAAGGAUCCGCAACCUAACCUAACCUUCAGAGGAUACUAGAACUAGGUUUAUUUCAAGAUAGUUGUAAGUAGUCAGCGUCCAAAAUAACUACUAUUCAAAACAGCUUGUUACUAUUCAAAACUACUUAAAAACCACAGGACGGCAACACUCUCUGGCGAGUGGUGUGCUUCAAGAAGAGCGUUGACGCAGUCCGUAAGGGCCUCAAAGAAUGCAAGUGCAGCGUGCGUUAUGACGGAAAACAAUCAAUUUAAUAUCUCAUAGUUUACUAGCUUGGUUGAGUAGUGAAACACGAUGCCACUUAAUCAACAUCGCCUGCUCCCACGAGGACUACAACUGGUAUUCUUUAGAAAAAGUGAACCUGAUCUAUCACCCUUUCUCUUACUUACUUGAUGGCCUCGUUCUCUAUCAGAACUUGUCUCUACGGGUGCUACGGACGACAGCACUAUCAGGGACGUAGACAUGACAUUCCCAGACGAGAAAAACCAUCCUCCUUCAUCCCUGCGAGUUCGAGUACAGCCCAACGGCGUACAAGGAUCAGCUGUUGAAGAUCGAGGGUCUGCAGAGCGACUACUCAAAAAACGAACUUGCGCUGAAGCGACACUGCGCCGCCGCCUUCUCAGACUGCCUAGUAGCGUGGAUGCACUUGAAGGUACUGCAGCUAUUGUAAUAUAUUAUAUAUGUCUAUCUAUCACUGGUGCUCCAGUUUCACCUCAAAGUAGCUCACACUACAUUUUCGUGCAGCAAAAGGCAGUUUUAACAUCUUACUUUUGUGCUUUCAACAUCACGAUUACAUGAAAACCGCCAAGUACAAAUCCCAAAUCAGGCAAUGCGAGUAUUUGUUGAGGCUAUCUUGCGGUAUGGUGUCCCACCGAACUUUGCUAGCUUCGUCGUUCGACCGACAAGCACAAAGAACAUGACCAAGCUUCGUGCGAUCCUCAGUGACGUUUUCACCGCAUCCGGACUGUUCGGUCAGAGCUACCUGGGAACAGAGAAAGGUACUUAGUACUUUUGAUGUAGUUGUACUGAUAAUUGUAACUACGAGACUAGGAUGCACAGAAUAGAAUAGAACGAGACUAGUUCCAUUUUCAACUAUGCAACACGAAAAUGGUUAUGCUGAUGCAGUUGGAAAGAUACAGAGUACAACUAUGUUCACGAACAAUUCUUUCUCACAGGUGCAGCUGGCGGCGAGGGAGACGAGGAGGCCUACUACCCGUAUGUCUCACUCUCAUUUCAGCCACUCUCCGGUGGUAAGGAAGCCUCCUAAUCAGAAGGAAACUCCAACCAUGCUCUUAUUUUUACGUUGAAGAUUUUUUUAUGAAGAUUGAUUCUUGCUGUUGAAGACCAAGACAUGAUUGCUGAUUCUUGUUCCAACUUGGUGUUCCUAUAUUACUAGUUAGUAGAAACCAUUUUUAUCAUUAUCUAUCACCAUCACACUGCUGGCAUUACCAAGCAGGGCAGCUCAGCUGCGCCCUCUGCAGCUCUCGCUUCCUGCUUGCUCGCCCGAGGUCAAGGGACCUUACACACAUAAACAUUCAGAACCAGCACAAUGACCUAUUUACAAAUACGUUCUUUUAUUUGGUCUUCGGCACCUGAAAAACAAGACGGACCUGCUCUCGUCACCGCUCCGAACUUUAAUCCAAGCUUGCUUCUAGUCGCAAGUACAUAUAUUUAUGGGAUCUUAACAUUAUCUCAAAAGCCGAAAUAAGCAUCACAACUCCUUUCUUCUCAUUGUCAAAACCGUAGGCUUAUUCACAAGUGAUACUCAAAUUUAAUUCAUUAAACCAUCAACUACACUCAAAAAUUCUCACUUUUACUCAUCGUUGAUUAAGCUUGGUCUUGUUAGAUAGAAUCGUUUAUAAGGACCAGAAAAGGGAAUCCGAAGGCCAACAAUGUAGUUCUGAGAGAAAGACUUGCUCAUCAAAAGGACAAGAAAACACAGCCACGACAGGGUUACUCACGUGUGAACAACGGAGGAGCUGAUGGCCCAUUCAGAAGGUAAUGGUAAAUUCCUAGGAUGGACCAGCAGCUCGAUUUGCGAAGAAGAACCAACAUGAUAAGAGUGACGAUCAAGAAGGUCAAGGUCUUCGUCAGUUGUAGACGGAAGAGGUAGCGAAGAAGUUCUUGUUCACGACCUCUGCCGCGUGUUAGUUUCCAU